GCCCCUCCCCCGUUGUGAGAAUUCUCCACCUCGGCCGCUCAAGAAGACCCGGCACCGGAGACACGGGAGGUUGCUUCUACGCAGCUCGGGCACGCAGGCGCCAUAGGAAGGAGCUCAGCAAGACGUGGGGAAGAAACUGGCCCAAGUGAUGUAAGGAAGCAUUUAUUCACCUUCCUGGCAGCUGAGUCCUGAAAUAUUGUCAAACUAAGCCUGCGGACUAGCAAACUUCUUACUUUUGGAUUCCUAACAAAUUUUAACAACAAACAUGUCUCGGAAACACAGUAAUAAGGAUCCAAUCGGUUUUGUCUUUGACGUCCAGUCUAAUACUGUGAUGGCUCAAGGAGGCUCCUAUGAGAAUAUGAAGGAAAAGAUCAAUGCAGUCCGUGCCGUUGUUCCCAACAAGAGUAACAAUGAGAUCAUCCUGGUACUACAGCACUUUGAUAACUGUGUGGACAGGACAGUGCAGGCCUUCAUGGAAGGUAAUGCUGUUGAGGUCUUAAAAGAGUGGACUGUGCUGGGCAAGAAAAAGAACAAAAAGAAGAAGCCUAAGCCAAAAACAGAAGCUGCAGCUCCUGGCAAUGUACCAGAUGCUGGGAAAACAGCACCUGCGGAAGGGGAACAGAGUACUGCAUCCUCUGAUAAAGGCGGACUCAAUGGUUACCAUGUCAAUGGCACUACUAAUGACACCGAGUCGGUGGAUUCCUUCAGCGAAGGCUUAGAUACACUCUCUUUAGAUGCUAGAGAAUUGGAAGACUCUGAACCAACCACACCUGAUGUAUCUGACCACCCAGGAUCCACGUUUCACAAUGGCCGUCCAGAAUUGGAGGUGAAGUUGACAGCUGCACACCAUCCUAAAAAUUCCCAUCAGAAAUCGACUCCAUCUGACCACAGGCAUUCUAACAAAGUCCGCUCUGGCAGUGUUUCAAGUUCUCAAUCACUUUCUUCAUCUAUCACAGAUGAUUCCUACCUAUCCACAGGGUCUAGAAAGCUUGGUGCCAACAUUGAGAAGUCUGUUAAGGACUUGCAGCGAUGUUCAGUGUCCUUGGCACGUUAUCGCAUAGUGGUGAAGGAAGAAAUGGACAUCUCCAUCAAGAAAAUGAAGCAGACAUUUCAGGAACUGCAAAGCUGCUUGAUGGACAGAGAAGUGGCACUUCUAGCAGAAAUGGACAAAGUAAAAGCUGAAGCAAUGGCGAUUCUGGACAGCCGACAGAAGAAGGCAGAGGAGCUGAAGAAGCUCACAGAUGUGGCCGUGCGCAUGUCUGAAGAGCAGCUGUCAGAGCUCCGUGCAGAUAUUAAGCAUUUUGUCAGUGAGCGAAAGUACGAUGAGGAACUGGGUCGUGCUGCACGCUUCACAGCUGACUUGGAAGUCCCGAAGAAGAGUAUAGACUCUUUCGGACAAGUUUCCCAUCCAAAAAACAAUUAUUCUGCCCGCUCCCGCUGUUGUUCUGUGACAAGUCAUAGUGACACACCUCCGUCCACGACUGAACUCUCCUCUACUCCAAGCCUUACUUCAUCUAGUCGAAAGGCGACAGCCUCAGGAGACUUACCUGUGGCAACUGGGCCCUAUGGCUCCAGACAGAAUCAACCUCCGAGACAGGGACCUCCAGCUAAUAAAAGACCGGGGCAAGGUUAUCGACCUCAGGGCCAACGACAAAACUACAAUGCUAAUAACAUAAGAUAUGAUAACAGCAACCGGAACCGGAACAACUGGUAUCAAUCCAACCCCAGAAACCAGAGCUACUAUCCUCAGGCACAACGCCAGCCCAGUGACCGGACAUCCACCUAUUCUUCUGGCACCAAUGGACCUGCUGCCACCUCAGAGUCCGUCCAAACAGGGGUUUUAGACCCAGAAAACAAGGCCCUACCACAACGUAAACCGAGGGCGAACCCAUCAUCAGCUUCCUGAGUUGGGAAGAAUUUCAUGCCUUUAGUCCGCACUUUCAAUGUUCAACGCCAUAACUUGACUUUAGAAAACUGUUAGGUUUAUUAACAAAGAGAAACGUUUACAGCCAGCUGUUCCGUGCCACUUUUUACUCUUCUUUUUUUUUUUUUUCUCUCCUCCAAAGCCUGUCAUUUUCACCCUCUUUCUUUUCAAUAUGUUAAUGGACGUUUUUU